AUGUCGACAGUGGAGAGGGACCAUGCUGCCAAAAGUCAUACGGGUUCCCAGAGCUCCCCGCAUGCGCAUGAACCGUCUGCGAAGGGACACAACCAAGAGGGUGUUAAUAAUGCUACGCCGUCAUCUGAAUAUGCGCUCAGCAAAAAAGAAAUCGAGACUCUUUUCUCAGGAGCCCCAUUCUUCCUCCUUGAAAGGGGCAAGUAUGACCAUCAUUACCCACAGGUGAUCUUCCCCUUCGAUGACCACGAUCCUACUAUUCAAAAUUUGUGGGACCGAAAACCACUGCCUCAUCCGUCGUAUACUCUAUGUACGUUGCAUGCUCAUCUACCUGUUCCAGACAGGUGGGUAAUCUCCAAAGAUGAGCCGAUACAUCUUAAUAGUUGGAAGAAGACCGGAGGCGCUAAAAGAGCGACUUUCGACAUCGGAAUUUUUGAAGUACCAAACAUGCUGUCAAUGAAUGGAAAGGACCCAGGAGCGGUUGGGUUUCGUCAUUUCCUAGAGCUCCCGGUUGCGGAUGCUGUGCGCUACCCUGAAGAGCCAAAGGGGAAAUUGAAUUACAUACAACUUUCCUCGAUUCCAGCCUCGGAGGUAUAUGAACUGAUGGAGCAUUAUCAUGACGUUUAUGCACUGUCUGGGGGCGCUCCAUAUGACCGGAAACAGUUGCUCUGCGAUGGCCCAUCUGCCUGGAAAAAGAUCGGCGUACGGGACAUUAAUCUACAGUGCUUAGUGGAACGCCUGCGGACGUUAACAAACCUUCGUCGUGAACUAUUACACGGAAAGAAAGCAACCACGAUCCUUGAUACCGAAUCUACCCGAGACUUAUACAGUGGCCUAUUCACUAAAUUCCUCUACCCUCCAUCCAAACCUCUGCUCGCGGACUCCAGCCUGGCUCAUAGCCUCAAAUCUCAAAUUAAGGCUUUGACCAUGACCCUCGCCGCAAGGAACGCGUGGGUGGAUUUUAGUCUUCCCGAGUGGCGUUUAUAUGCAGGACAGCUGCUGUGGGAAGCCGGUCCUCAUCCGGACGGUGAUCUCUUGGACCCUUCUACGUGCUCAAAACCCUGGAUGCAUCCAACGCUCGAGCGCAGGUGGCUCCUUAUCCAGAUGCUCCUCGCCGCGGAACUGCUUCUCCGUCUCGAUGCCACUGUCCGGGUGGGGAUUCUGGAUAAUUCCAAGGAAUUGCAGAUCACCGUUCAAGACAUAGAUGAUUUCGAGAAGCUACGGAGCGGAAAGGUAGACUGGGACUUGGUGGUGGUACGACGCUUUAUGGAUACGUUUGACAUUAGCUACAGGGCCGACGAGCCUGACCAUCCUGGCUUCGACCCCGUAGAACACACGGGAAACUCGAGAGGUGAAAAGAAUCACGAGAAGAAUUCACGCUCUUUCUUCGAAAAUUUGCUCCACAGAUCGUUGUCUGGCUCAGCCGCCGAGUCCACUGAGUCAGCCUGGAACUGCAGUCUGGUCCCAACAUACCUCGACCAACAGCUCCAAGGGUUACUUGUGUUUGGUCAAGAGAUUGGCUGGCCAGGACUUGAUGGACUCAGAGCGGGCCUGGAGUCUGCGAUUGGGUCGGGUCAAAUGAGUGAAGCAGUCACUAAUGCGUAUAAUAAACCAGUACACAAUAUGCUGCCAGCCGAAGCUGGUGCGCCUCUUAGUAAAGAGGAAAUGCAUACCAGAAGCCCAUCCCGCCGGUGGAUAGCCCUCCACUGCUCUCAAGAUCAGAAGGCUUCUGUGCAGCUUGGUGGUUGGAUUACCCGCAGCUGGCUGUCCGGCUUUGUUUUCCCCGGAGAGCAGAUCAGCCACCUCCUCAUGGCUACGAUAUUGGAGAAUGACUCAGAUGCUCUCGCGAAACUAGGGCCCAUUGCAAACCUCUACGGUGGAUUUGCGUACAAUGGAAUGACUUGGUGGAGCAAAGAGUGUGUUGUCGGUCGAGUCCUGGCCAGUCUGGAAGAUACGAAAGAGUGCUUGGGCUGGAUAAGGAGCGCGGUUGUGCCUAAAGAUGCCUGGACAGUUCAGCCGCUGGACAAUUCAUGGUUCGAGGUUUCUGUUCAACCGCCUCUGUCAAUGCCUGGAAAGCCGCGCAUCCGUCAGGGGAAUAAAUUAGCGUAUGAAUCAACACCACUUGGGCGUGGUGAGCGAGUCAGCGGCGCAUUCUCCUUACCGUUGGACUCCCCGUUGGAGAAAGAACCGAAGAACGUAGUCUUCGAGACAUUGACAUUCUCUGGAAAGGACGGGCAGUCAUUGGAAAACACGCCGCAUCCCAUCGUCGACAGAGCCCUUAUGACCUUUUCGAUCGCCUCAGGAACUGACUCACCCUGGAAAGUCUCCUUCCAACUGAGGUACAACGUCCGGUUCAUCACGUCUCACGAAUGCCGCCCACCGGGCAACUUCAUAUCAUAUCACUGCGCAUGCCCCACUGGGAGUGGCACAUCAACGCCGUCCAGCAGUUCAAGCCCCCGACAUCACCACCGUCUCCCAGGCCACCCUCUCCACAGCGGGUACAAAUAUAAACACAUAUCGCUAGACUCCCUCCCCGAGCACUGUGUCCCUGACGACGCUUUCCUUGAGGGCAGUCACCACAACAACCACAGCAACCACAGCAACCAUCACAAGAAGCACGAAGUGCUCAUCGUCGACGCGCGUGGCGGCCACGACAGGGAAACCUUCGCCCGAGCGUGGUGCGCUUCACUUGGAUAUCAUGCUCUUAUUGGCAGAGUUGGACGGACGUGUCUAGCGUGCUGCAUCAGAGAAGCCAGGGCUAUUAGCGUGAAAGUCGUUCUGCGCGUGGAUGGCGGUGUCAAUCGGUCUCCGUAUCCGUCUUCUCAGACGUUGCCUGGUCUGAAGGAGAUCUAA